AUGCCCUGCCUCGAUCCCGGGACAUCUUUGAGCCACAGGUUAAAUGGAAGCUGGAAAUGGGGCCACUGGACGUCGACCAGUAAGGCGAACUAUGAGUCGGCCGAGGAAAAUCUUGACUUCGUGCGAGAGCACUUCGAGACCGAGGUCGCGGAGGGCUUGAUGAUCAGGAUGAAGGAGGCCGACUUCUGGGCCAAGUACGGGGACGAGGCGGCGGUCUCAGCCAUCGCGGUGAUAGUCGAGGAGAGGCCGCCAGUUAAGAAGCGGGUGGUGCACGAUGCCUCGCAUGACGUUCUUCUAAACCAUAGAAUACGCUGCUUGGACAAGGUGCGAUCGCCAGGAGCGCAAGAGAAACAGUAUCUUCUCCGCCACCUUCGGGAGGAACGUCUUGCGCCCAUGGCGGUCACCGGGGACAUCUCCACAGGAGGUACCGACAUCGUCGGGACGAGUGGGGGUACUUGGGCUGCAAGGGCCCUCGAGCUUCUGUUGUACGCCGAUGAUGUGGAGAUCAUCGGGGGAGAUCGGAGAGGCCGGAGGGGCAUUGUCCUCUCGUACGCGAUCCUGGCGUGCCUUGGCUUCCCCUUCAAGUGGUCAAAGACAAAGGGGGGACUGAACGUCCAGUGGGUGGGCUAUGAGACCGCCUACGGGACCUUUAACGGAGAGGCGGGCGGCCUGGCUUGCCGAGUGGACUGCGGGAGGGGAAGGUCACGUGGGAUGACUUUGCAUGCGGAUUGGGGCGACUGGGAUUUGGGGCAAAUGCCUUAUCCUGGGAACGCCCUUUCCUGGGACCUCUUUACGCUUGGUCGGCGGCUACGCAGCUGUGAUGCUGAGGUCCAUCCUGGGAUGGAUGUCGAAGCGGUUCAGGGCGAGUUGAGCUUCUUCUCGGAUGCAAAAGCAGAGGAGGGGAGCGCUUGGGUGGGUGGCUACCUUUGGGAUGGCCACUCGGCCCUGCAAUGGUACGCGCUGGAGGUCCUUGAAUCCUGGGCCCCAUGGGCCUUCAUCAAGAAAGAUUUGAAGCGCGCCAUCGCGAGCCUUGAACUUCUUGGGACACUCAUCUGCGUGAAGCUUUGGGGCGAGAGGAUGAAGCAGCGUGGGAAAGGCCAAGGCCACCUCACGGGGGGCACGGACAACCAGGGGAACUCUUACGCGGUUUCCAAGCUGAUGUCUACGCGCUUCCCGCUGCCUCUCUUGUUGAUGGAACUCUCGGAGACAUUGAGGCGGGGAAAUCAG